AUGAAUUCUGAUGCAUUGAUACGCCUUAGCAGCAGUUGUGUCGAUGCAACUUAUUCAGACGGACUUGGAAGACUGGUUAAUGAUGCCGAGGCAAGAGUGGCGAAUUGUCUGAUGAAAAGACUCAUCAUUAAUAGUCAACCUCACUUGGCAAUUUAUGCUAAGAGGGAUCUAUGUAAAAACGAAGAGUUACGCUACGAUUACGGUGUGAAGGACCUUCCAUGGCGAAUUCAAAAGGACCGAUUAAAACACAAACGAGAAAAAUUCACAGGGCUAACGAUCGCAGAGAAGGCAAAUGAAAGUGCCAAAGACCAACAAAAUGAGGACACUCCCCUCGGAUCCAUGGUUAUUGAUGAUCAUGCUCAAGUUACUAGCCAAGCGAACAACCAGAGUAAUAUUUCGUGUGUCACGCCUGUGUUUCCACAAAGGCAUUUGGAGGAUUAUGUCAUUACACCCUACACCCAUGACGAGUCUGUCGCCUUGGAAACAGACAAUCAUGUCCUGGUUGCCAAACAAGAAAAUGACGAUGCGACAGUUUCCAACGAAAUAGAUGACUACGCUCAGAUUACAUCACUGUCAGUGAUUGAUAAACAAGAGAAAUUAAAGGAAAGUGUCAUUGAACAAGAAAAAGACAACUCUGCUACCGGUGCAGAAUUUUCCAUGGAAAUUGAUGGACAAAUCCAGCAGAAACACCAUAAUGAAUCUACUAUAGUUUCCAUGGAGAUCGAUGAUCAUUCCAUGCAGAUUACCAAUAUAACAGAUGAUCAGUGCCAUGUUUGCUUUGGGGAGGUAUCGGGGGCACAUAUGUGCGCAUCAUGUCAUCGUGCUGUCCAUGUAUUUUGCGGUGUUGGAAUAGGGCCAGAAGGCUAUGGGCAAGAAGUAAGGUGUUUCAAAUGCCAGAAUACGGAUAAUUUACUUCAUCCAAACGAAACUGGCCCAGGUCCUAAUUCUAAAAUUGAGGAAGAGAGCCAAAGUUCCAGUGACGAGUAUGUACCUAGCACAGAUGAAGAAGACAAAGAUUCUGAGUCUGAAGAUGACGAUGAGUAUGCAUUUAAAGAUGGAACAGACAAGUCCCUAAUAAGAACUGACAGCAGCGCUAGUGAAGCAAUCAAGAAAUCUGGAGUGUAUAUAAUGUCAAGCAGUGAAAAAGAUGGAAGAAGAGUAUACGACAAAAAAAAUGCCUGCUACUUUUGUGAGAAGGAAUUUGGCAAGCUUGGUCGACAUCUCUUCCAAGUCCAUAAAAAUGAAAAAGAAGUGGCAGAAAUUGUAGCUCUCGAAAAAAACGACAGAACGCGCCAGUUGAAAAAGGAUCUAUACCGACACUGCCCAAAAUGUCCUUUCGCUCAAGAAAUAAACCACACCAUGAAAUCCAAGAAGCUGCAGCAUGCGGGAAGAUUGUUGUUGGCAGCAAAUAAAUUUCCAUCCGGUGCUAGUCAACAACUAUCAGAUAACGUCUUGGCAAUAAUGGCGAUGGAUGAUGUCAGCGCUGUAGUCAGAACUGAUGAAACAAUCCUAAGGGUGGGCUCCACACUAAUAGAGAAACGCGGCAAUGAAAAAGCUGUGGAAGUUUCACAACAAAUGCGUAUUCUUGCCCGAUUGCUCAUAAAGGUUAGAGAGUUAUGUUGUGUUCCAACUUUAUCGCUUGAGAAGAGUUUGACGCCAGCACAAUUUGAUAACCAUCUUGCCAGCGCAAGAUAUCUUGGUGGAUACACAGGAGCACCGAACACCAGUGCGGAUCGUUUCAAAUCCCCGUCGACAGCUGCCAAAUGCGGAUAUGCCUUAAAAAAAGCGGCGUAUGUAGUAAAAGGCCAGGCAUUGCGAAGAAAAGACAUGGAAGCAAAAAACGACGUCGAUCUGUUCCUAGAGCUGUACGAGGGAGAAUGGAGCGCCAAAGUAACAUCUCAAGCCCUGGAUAAUUUGUCAUUUAAAAAACACAACAAGCCACAACUCCUGCCAAUAACAAACGACCUACUAGCCCUGCGAACUUUCCUCAACGAGCAGAUUUUGGAACUUAGCGAGGAUGUGAAGAAAAACCCUAUGCAAGAAAAUUGGAGGAAACUUGCUAAUUCAGCCUUAGCAAGACUGAUUAUGUUCAAUAAACGGAGAGGUGGGGAGGCUUCUCGAAUGAAACUCGAUGCUUUCCAAGGGAGGCCUUUGUGGGGCAACAUUCACAACGAGGGAAUAGUUUCUGCCCUUUCAGCCACUGAAAGAGAACUCUGCAAACGGUUUGACAUGGUGGAAAUUCUUGGAAAACGAAACAGAAAAGUUCCCGUGUUGCUGACACCUGAUGUAAAAGCUGCCAUACUUGUCUUGAACAGGACAAGGGAAGAUGGGAAUGUGAACGAAGAAAAUCCCUAUGUUUUCGCAGUGAAUGACGGAAGUUCAAAACAGUUUUUACGAGGGAACGAUGUUAUACGUCAUGCAUGUAAAAUGGUUGAUCUUAAAAAUCCCGACGUGAUUACUUCAACCAACCUCCGAAAGUAUGUGGCAACUGUGUCGCAGCUCGUUGACAUGGAUCAAAAUGAAUUGGGAUGGCUGGCAACUCAUCUUGGCCACGACGUGCACAUCCAUAAAGAGUUCUACAGGAUGCAAGAAAGCACACUUGAGAUGGCAGUAGUUGGUAACCUCUUAAUGGCCAUCGAUGAAGGGAGGGCACACGAAUUUAAAGGGAAAAACCUGCGGGACAUUACACUUCAAGACUUUCACAAUACUCAGAGUGAAGAGGAUGCCGAGUCUGAGUUAGAUAAAGAAAACCGAUUCCCCCAGAGCAACAUAACAUCGCCAUCGCUAACUUCUGCUGGCAAAAGGACAACGACCAAAAAGGGAACGAACAAGUCCACUGAAAAGUCUAAAAAACAUUGUAACAAGAAAAGGGGAACCCUCGAGGCGGGUCAGCAACGAAAGAUGGUGGCGAAGAAAACGUGGACAACGCCAGAAAGAAAGGCAGCGUUGAAAACAUUCCAAAAACACAUUCAAAAUGGAGUGCUACCCAAAAAAAAAGAGUGUGUUAAGUUUUUGGAGGAGAAUCACGGGAUAGUACAAAACAGAACAUAA